AUGGCUUAUAUUGAUUUGUUUUUCUACCUCUUUGCUUUCUUUGGUAUUCUCAUAUUCGCCUACUUGUCAAGACAAAAGCAAAACUCUUUCCAAUCUGCUACAAACUCAAAAUCAUACCCAUUUAAGGAUGUCAUCAAGAAUAGGCAUAGGUUGCUCCAAUGGACGUGUGAAAUCUUUGAAAGCUCACGUCCCUCUACCACCAUCAACUUCCAUGGGCCCUUUGGCGGCGGUUUGAUUUUCACAACCAAUCCUUCAAACAUCCAACACAUUUUCAAGACACGUAUAGAUAUCUACCAGAAAGGUAAAGCUUAUACAAAAUCCAUGACAAAUGUAUUGGGGGAUGGUAUCUUUGUCUCAAAUGGCGAGAACUGGAAAACCCAAAAACACCUUUUGAACCAUUACCUGAACCAAAAUGCUCACCACAAGUUUGUCGAAUCAAUUACUAGAAAAAAGCUCUUUGAUAACAUGGUCCCCAUUCUUUCAGCUUUCGCUGCUAAUGAAACCAUUUUUGAUUUUCAGAAAAUCAUCCGCAGAUUAAUGUAUGAUCUUGCAUUUCAAAUUGCUUUGGAUUUCGACUUGAAAUAUCUGUCGCCAGCUUUACCAGAAACCGUAGUUGCGGACGCCUUUGAGCGUGCGCUUGAGAUCAGCUUCAGCAGGUAUUUAUCAAUUCCUGUAAUAUGGAAAGCCAAGCGAUUUCUUAACAAGGGAACUGAAAGGGAGCUUAAACUAGCCAUCAAUCAAGUACGUUGGUUUAUUGAGAAGAUUAUCAUGGAAAAGAAGGAAAAGAAUAGUUCCUCUGCAGAUUUCUGCUCAAAGAACCAAGACUUAGGGGAGAAAUUUCUUGUUGAUGAAAUUCUCAACUUCCUUCUUGCAAGUCAAGGAACCAUCUCAUCUGCUUUGACUUGGUUCUUUUGGUUGCUCUCUCAAAACUCGGAUGUUGAAACACAAAUUAUCAACGAAAUAGAAGAAAAUAUCAAAGAAAUAGAAGAAAAACACGAGGAAUCAAGGGGUAGUACUAGCACUAGUGCUAAUAAUUCCAUGUAUAAGAAAAUGGUGUAUACACAUGCUUCACUAUGUGAAUCCAUGAGACUUUACCCUCCAGUCCCAAGUGGUGGAAUGGAUGCAAUGCAAGAUGAUGUUUUACCCGAUGGAACAAUCGUGAAGAAGGGAAUGAGUAUAAUGUACAAUGCUUAUGCAAUGGGAAGGUCUCAAGAAUUAUGGGGUUCAGAUUAUAUGAAAUUUAGACCGGAGAGGUGGUUGGAGAGAGAUGUCAGUACAGGAGAAUGGUGCUUUGUGCCGAGACCUUCGUUCGUCUAUCCAGUUUUUCAAGCAGGGCUAAGGGUUUGCUUGGGAAGAGUGAGUGCAUUUCUGCAGAUGAAAAUGGUGGUUUGUCAUGUUUUAAGGAGAUUCAAGGUGGUGCCUGUUGUGAAAGGUGUUGAGCCAGUUCAGAUUUCAUUCCCAACAUUAAGGAUGAAAGAAGGAUUUCCAGUUUGGAUCAUUGAACGCUGCUAA